AAGACAGUCAAUGAAAGCCAGAAUACCUGUUGUUACAACUGAGAACAUCAAGGUCAGGUACCAAAGACAAAGGUCAGACUGCACAUACAUGGAUGAAGCCAAUUUCCCAGAAGAUACAACUUUGAAGCGACAGGAAGAUUUGCCAUAUGAUGGGGAUUUCUCCCAAAUGAAGUUAUACAAUGACUACAAUUUUACCUCAAAAAAUGACAUCCUUGGUAUGUCAGAUCAAACUAUUUCAACAGUAGAUAACCCUCAAGAAAAGGCUACACAUAAAGAGACUUGCAGAAAUGUAGAUACGGCCCUGACGCUGGAUAAAAUGCCUGAAAAUGCAGUCAAGAAAAAAUAUGACACAAAUCUUCAUAUUCCAGCUAAUAAAGGAGAACUUUCAAAGUCAAACGUUUCUGAUAUUUUACUGCAUCAUUUUUCCGAAGAGGAAUUUUUAAAAGGUCAAGGCAUAAGUUGUGAAACUCUCCCAGAGAUCUCUAAUGCUGACAGUUUUGAUGAAGCUAUUGUUAAAAACAUUAGUUUGCAUUAUGUUAAGAAUCCUUGGACAAAAGAACAAACCCCAGAACUCACAGACCAACUCAACCCCAAAAGGGAUGGUGACAACAGCAAUAAGAAUAGUCGUUCUUCAACUACAACAGAAGAAGAUACCUCUGAUUUAGAAGAGCCAGUAGCUGCUGGAGACGGCAGCCAUCCAGAAAAUUCCAAUUUUCUAACUAAAACCAAGAGUCCAAGGAAUAAACAAAAACGUUGCCAAGGGCAGACACCCCAGAAACAGCAGACUGAAAAAGCACGAUCAGACAGUGGGUUCAUAUAUGGUCAAAGUCAAGUUCAUUACCUGUUCUCUGAUUUCUCUAAGGUUGGCUCCAAAGUGAAAAUUCCUAAAAAUAACCUAAUUGAUAAACUCUGUACCAUAGAUAAACAAGCCAGCUUUUCUCCUAAACUGAGAGAUAAGUUAGCUACUGUGCAAGCUAUUUCAGGAAGCAUGUCUAGAUCAAAUUGUGUUGAUAAAGAGCAGAAAAGGAAAACUACUGAACCUUCACAACAGGUGCAGAUGGAGCCCACAACACACCCCCAUGAAGAACAUCCUGCAGGAACAGAAUCUGAGACAAGUCUUUUUAAGUUGGCAUCAACCUCUCAGAAAGACCCUUCAUCAAGUUCUUCUUACAUAUUUCAAAAGAUAUCCCAAGGGGAAAAGAUGUGUCAGAAGUUAAAAGAACAGACUGAUCAACUGAAGAUGAAAGUGCAAGAAUUUUCCAAAAGUAUAACAAAGGACUCUCCCUAUCAUUUGCAAGACAAGAGACUGGUCCUGGAGAAGCUGCAGGGACAUCUUCAAUUGCUGGAGCAGGAGUUUCUGGCCAACAAGGAGAAGCACCUGACUUUGAAGCAGGAAGUCCUCAGGCAUGAAUACCCAGCUGUCAGUGACUUUGUUCCAGAAAGAAAAGUGGAAGGUGAAAUCUUCAAGGUGGAGAUGCUGCUUGAAGAUGUUAAAGAGAAAAUUGAUGAAGGCAAACAAACUUCAGUGAGCUCUCUUCCUGUCAGUUCUCCAACCAUCCUGAAUGACUUGGCAUCUACACCCUCUCCACCCGCAAAUGAGGGGGACUCCGACAGCGCCUCUGGAAGGCAGGAACGUGCAGAGACAACCAGUCGGAGCUGUGCCUUCUGCCAUCGGGUCCUUGAAUGGAAGCAAAAAAUGGAGAAAAAAGACCAUAGAAGGAUCAACCGUGGAAGGUUUCCCAUUGCCCUUCAAGAAACGGCACUGCACCCAGAUUCAAUUCUCAGUCCUGAUACAGGACACAGCUGCUAUUCCGCUUCUGGCACUGGACUGCAGAGUAAUAAAUGUGAGACCUGUGGCACUAAGAUUCAUGACUCCCCAAGAGUCUGCCAUAAAGAACCACUUAAAGAAUUUCAUUAUAGAUACAACACCCCAGGACAGAAUUACUUAAAUCACAGCGAAAGUGUCUUUGUCCAACUCAGCUUUUCAGAUGAAAAUAAACUUUUCUCACCUUCUUGUUCAAAACCAAAAUGGAUCUGUUCUGAGACAGCAAAUUCAAAAUCCUCUCCAGAAGAACAUGAGCUCAUACCAGGAAAAAAAAAUCUUAAGGCUUUCCCGACCUACAGUUCAGACCUUGCUACACCCUCACCCCACUUUCACUCCUGCAGGAUUUCUGGCAGCCCGUCCUUAAGAAACUUCAGCAGUGUUGAAGAAAUGGAAUCUGAGGUUUUAAACUUAUCUUUGGAUCAUGCCCUAAAGACAGCAACAAUUUUGAAAGAAACUACUGAUCAAAUGAUUAGAAGUAUUGCAGAAGAUCUUGCCAAAUUACAGAGAUGGAGGAGUCGACUGAAGUACUAG